AUGGCAUACAGAUGCGUUUCCCAAAAAGUUGCUCAAGCUAUUGAUGUGGAAUUGAUGUCAAGUUCAGGCGCAUUCUCCAUUGAUCAAUUAAUGGAAUUAGCCGGACUUAGUGUUGCUCAAGCAGUACAAAAAUCAUUUGAUAGUUCAAAAACGCCUAAUGUAUUAGUUUGUGUUGGUCCAGGUAAUAAUGGGGGAGACGGUCUUGUGGCAGCACGACACUUGCAUCAUUUUGGAUUUAAACCUAGCCUUUAUUAUCCAAAGCAGCCAGAAAAAGACCUUUAUAAACGCUUAUUAAUUCAAUGUAAAAAUCUCGAUAUUCCCAUCUAUAAAGACCUUCAACAACCAAUAGAUUUUAUUGAAAGUUCACAUAUUAUCUUGGAUGCACUCUUUGGUUUUAGUUUCCAGGGAGAAGUACGCGAUCCUUAUAAGGGGAUUAUUCAAAUCUUUGAAAAAACUUCAAAGCCUAUUGUUUCUGUUGAUAUUCCUUCUGGUUGGGAUAUGGAUAUUGGGCCUACCGAGCAUGUUAAGUUUCAACCUGAUAUCUUAGUUUCUCUUACUGCUCCAAAACCUUGUUCGAAUCAUUUUAGAGGCAGAAAGCAUUUUUUGGGUGGCCGUUUUGUUCCUCCAACAUUAGCCAAACGAUUUGAUUUCGAUGUUCCAGAUUUUCCCGGUAGUGAACAAGUUGUAGAAUUAAAAAAAGAAAAAAACUGA